CUUCUCCAGUCACUAGCAUCCACACAGGCUAGUGUAUAAUUAUACUAGAAACGGCAGCAGUCCCAGCAGCCUGUGUUAAGGUUUUGGAGGGGUGCCUCUAAGCAGACUAUUCCGCCUCCUUCAUCGGUAUUACUAAGAGCUGCCUUGACCCCAGUGGCAGCGGCAAGGAUGGCGAUUGCCAGAAAACUAACCACCGUCAAAAUUUUGAUUGUGUGGUGUAUGCGAAGGUGCUAUGGCCAGCUACUGGAAACUAGGUUCUGGGCUUGCUGCCUGGAGUUCUACCACCCUGUUGACGCGCCAAAGUUCUGCCAAACCGGCUGGCAGAACUCGGCAGUUCUGCCCACAAUACUACCGCCGGUAUUCAUAAUUAGGUCCUACAGUACUCAGUAUCCAAUAUCCAUUUAUUUGAGUGUCCGAACCUCAGGUGCAUAUAUAAAUUGAACGUGGUCAAGUUCCAAAAUCUUCAAAGACAAUCGUCUCGUUUACAUUCUUCCUGGACGUGC